AUGUCGCAGGACGACUCAGGUGUAUCAGAAGAAUCGGAAGGUGAAGCAGCAGACAAUAAGAACGGGGAUGAAUUAAAAGGAAAGGCAACCAUGAGCGUAGAGACUCCUUCAACAGCAGAUAUAGAUGCCAACGCUGAAGAUGAUGCGGAUUUCCCUAUGGAUGAUGAUAUGGGAGUGGAGGCGGCGAAAGACGAUAAGAAACCGGUGAAACUCGAUCAAAAGUAA